UAUCUAUAUAUUAGAUGUCCUGCCCGACACAGUCCGGCUGUUUCGUAAUCUAAUGUAAAUUGCCGAUUUUGCUCAAGUGAGGUAGCAUGUUGCUCCGCUAAGUAAAUUUUUGUCGUAUGUCCUUGUAGGGAAUAACAAUUCUUGGAAGGAAAAUUUUAUGUUGAAAUUGCUUGGGAAGAGUUAGGUUUACAGCUGAAGAGAGGUGUCGUGGUAUAAGAAAACUGUAGGAUCCGGCGUAGUAUAGAACGAAACCAAGCAACAUAAUGGCAGACACCAGUGAUUCCGUUCAUGAACGGUAAUAAACAAGCAACGUUAGCAACUGUUUCUAUUUCAGUUUUAAUUUGAGGAACCUUUAAGUAGGAAGAUGGAAUUAAAACGUAUUCGAAAGAAAACGUUCGGUCUACACCUUUUUAUUGCUACUACCCUAUUGGUUUUUUACCAAGGAACUUACAUUUCAACCAUGUCAAGACUAAAGUUAGACUUCAAUGAACGAUUUUAUCUGUCACCGAAAGGUAAUGUUCAACAUCAAGCUGGAACCACCAAGAAUAUAAACAAAGUAAUACAGAAGAAGAGGAAAGAUGCUAUAUUUGCAUACUGUAAAGCAGCUAGAGUUCGGCAAAUAUCUGCAAAUAAAUCUGUGCAACUUAUUUACAGUAAUCAAUUUAACCUAAGCUAUUUCGCUAUCCCUAAGAUAGGUUCUACUUUCAUUAUGCAGAUGUUUUCAGUUAUCAGAUAUGGUCUAACAUAUGCAGAAUCUAAUUUUAGCAUACCCAGAAAUAAGGUUCACAGUACUGCACAAAAAAGGAAAUUAUACUUUUACAACCGCACUUUAGAGGAAACGGUGACUAUCAUUCCGGUUCGAAAUCCAUACUCAAGACUAUUUUCUGUAUUCGUUGACAAGGUGCUUUUGCCUAAUAGUAUUCCAUUUAGGUUAGAAAUACUUGCUCAAAAGCAGCUACGUACCUUACGAGAUCUUACAAACCUCACGCAACCUGGUCGUAUUUAUUCAAGUGGACUGUCGGUUAGCUUUCAGGACUUCCUUGAUUAUGCUUUAAACCCUAGCAUAGAUAAAAAGCUUUUAUAUAGACAUUAUGACAGUUGUUUUGCACGAUUGAAAUCUUUGAUAUGUAACUCUAAUCAUUAUAUCAUAGUAAAACAGGAAACUUUUGAAACGGAUAUUCAAUAUGUUCUGCAAUUCGUAGGUGUAGAUAAGGCAGAACCGAACACAUAUUAUAGGAUACUUAAAUCACUCCACGAGUCGCGUGUGGAAGACAGCAUUCCAGGAUUAAUCAAAGUCACAUUCUUCUUUGCAGAAAAAUAUGCAGAACUAUGGACCGGGCCCAUUGUGGCGGAAUUGCUAUGGCAGUCAUUUCAAAUUCAGGGAUAUGUCAGCAAGCAUCUUCCCUUUCCCAAAAGGUAUUUCAACAAUAAAUUUAUAUACAUGAAUGCAAACAUUACGUCGGGUAUAUUCCUUCGUGAGAUGAAGAAAGGGAAGCUUUCGCGAAUACAAAGUAUGAAACAAAGAAAGAAAGCAAUGAUAACUGCUUAUAGAGGCUUACCUAAAACUGUUUUAAGAAAAAUACAAACUACAUAUGACUGUGAUUUUGAAGCGUUCGGUUACGAUAGAAAAUUGAUAUAACUAAUUAGCAUAAACUGGAUUACUAAUUAUAUAUAGCAGAAGAGUCUUGUCAGCGAUUUGUCGUCUAGUUAAUCUAUGAAAUAAUAUUCGGCCAUUUCCCGUGGGAAACAAAAUAUUAUAAUAGCAUUAUCUAUUAAAAAAUAAGAAUAGAACAAUGAAAGUUGUUGGUGGCUAUAGGUAGAUAUGGGCUACCAUUCAGUACCAUUUUAAAGUUCAAAGCCUUUGUAGAAGUACUUGAUGUUUUUGCCAAUUAUUGUCCGUGGCAAAUAAAAUUGGCUGCCAUUGUAUAUAACAUGUGCAAAAACUUACCUUCGCUGUAUGCUUUGUGUAUAAAGAAAGAAGAAAAAAUGCAAUGUCAUAAAAACAAUAUCGGUGCAAUAAUAUCAAAAGUAGCCAUUCCAAGUAUAUUGAACACGCGAUGUAACAUCAUUCACUUAAAAUAAAGAAAUACAAGAACAAAAGGUGAACAAAAUGUGUCGUUGAAAAAAAAAAAAAACAUAAAUUGAACAAACACCUUAAAAAACGCAGUAAGUUGUGGACUUUUUCCUGACAAUAAAGACAAAAUUUGAAUCGAUGUCGAGCGACUAUGCGCUUUUUACUGCAUUUUAACGUCAAUAACAGUAUCUUAUGCUUAUUACAAUUUUACGUGGAUUUUCAUUUUCUGUUUCACUAUUUAGAUGCUUGAAAGACCGAUAGCUCGACAUUUAUUUGAAUUUUCUGGUACUAAUAGAAAUUUUAGGCUACCGCGAUUUAUGCAUUUGCUAGAGAUCUCGAUGUGGUUUAUACCCAUCAAAAGCAAAACAAAAGAAGAGUCAUUUAUUCCUUAAAUACUACACAUUUGUAGAAUUGAAACAAAACCAUCCAAUCAUGUAAGAAUAAUAAUAUCCGUCAUGUGCUUACGAAUCGGAUAGAAAUAUCCGUCCCGAAGGCACCUACGCAUUGGGCGGUAAUGAGGCUUGCCGAUUCGUAGAUACAUGACUGAUAUUUUUCUUGCAUAUCGCAUUUCAUUCUGGCAGAUUAUUUCUCUUGCAUAUCGUAUUUUACAAAUAACAGGUAGAAAUACUUUCUUUGUAGCACUCUUUCGCAUAGUAGAGCGCGGGAAAUUAACGUCCGUAAGCAGAAGUGACGUCAUCAUGUUUUGCGUUACGCAUCAUAACAAAGUUCCACUUUAGUUUUAUCGUUUGUAAUGUAACGUUAUGUUCUUACAGUAAACUAACGUAUUUUGAAUCGAGAAAUAUACUUUAUCACAUAUUUGACGUCGCGGGAGUGUAAUAAAGCCAUUGAAUAAAAAUGAUAAUACACUAGUGUAAUAAAGCGUUGACGUCGACGUUAUUUAUACUAUAGGCGACGUCGGUCAAAUUGUCUUGUUUAUAUAGUAUAAGAAAAUCGAUUUUUUUUAUUUUUUCGACAAGAAAGGCUAACAUGUGAUAAAAAAAAUAUUGCAUUUGUGACUUUCCAUAUUGAAUUUAUCAAACGCGUUGAAUAAUAUUGAUAAAAUGCUCGGCAGAGCCUCGCAUUUUAUUAUUUUAUUCAACACGUUUGAUAAAUUCAAUAUAAAAAGACACUCAUGUAAUAUCCUCUAUAUAAGGAACAGAGGGAAAUUAUCAAGGCACCUUUUUUUCGUAUUUUUACAUUAACAAUAUAUUAUCUGUGUAUGGACCACUAGUUGUCAUUAACAGCACGAUAGUCAUCUGUCAUGGGGGUGCCAAAUGGAUUUUGCCGGCAUGGGUAAAAUCACCGGAAACGCCAGUCCGGUGUGCAAGAAUUAAGCUUUGAAUAUAGCAAAAGAGAUAAAUCCAAAUACGAUUAUUUAUUCUACAGUAAUCAUAACCGCUAUGUAAAAUGUUUUCACUGAAAAACAAUAUGAACUGAAAGUUAUACAUUUAAAUGCACAUUUUGUCUGUUAAAAUUGCUUUACUGGAGUUUCAGUGAUUGUUUUUUUUUUGUUUUUUUUUUAGUUUUGAGAUUAAAUUGCGCUUCUGUACAUUUAUUAAUUUCAAUGUCUUUGACAACACUCUAGACCAACAUUAGCUCAACAAUUCCAAAAGCAUACGACAUAAUAUAAAAAACAAUUUCGAAGCACGUUUCAUGGAACAUUUUGUUUACUAAACACUUGAAAUUGUAUCAUCAAUUUAUCAUUGAUUUCAAAACCAUCAUUAAUUUCAGCAUCCCAUUUAGCUUAUGGUCCAUUACUAUUACUUUUUAUGUUAAAAAAUAUCACCCGAAAACACUGAG